AUGGCAGUGCAAACGAAGGUUAAUACGAUGCUCGAGACCUCUACCGGUGCUCCCGAGGAGACGGCCACUGCUGCUACGGACGCGCAGAAUGAAACCACCAGCAUUACAUCUCCUGAUGUGACGAAUUACGAAGAGCAAGAAGAAACGCAGAGAGUGGCUGCCGCUCGUGGCAACGAUGUCGACCAUUUUACAGAAACCAAAAGGGCCUGGAUAGGGUACCGCUUGGAGUAUCGCAAUCGCUGGACUGGAGACUUGAUCUCGGAGAGAACGUACGAAAAAGGCAACGAACCAUUGGAGCAGGAGACGGGCGGGCCGAUAUUCGAGAUGAUCACGUCGUACAAAGUCUCAACGCACUUACUGGACCCAGCCGCUUCGAUGCCCAUCACCUCACAGGCGUUGCCGACUCGCCACAUCCGUAUUUACUCAAUAGCCAUCAUCAAUGCCUUGCAGUCAGUGGUAAGAUAUUACCCCGGCCAGGAUUUUUCUGGAGAGUCCGUCGUCGUCCAGAAGCCGUAUCCGGUCUUGGUCCAUUACUACGAAGAGCUGCAGCAAUUCCGCCGGAACUGCUUGGAGAAGGCCCCGCACGAUCUCUGCGACCGGGAGAGAGAUGCCGCGGAGCAUCUCGAGAUUCUCCUCGCCUUCCUGGACGAGGAGGUCAUGUGGGAAGUGAAGCAGGAGCAGGAGCGCAACCGGAGGGGGUUCGCGACGUUCGAAUGGCGAUGGGUGGCAUACAAACCGGGCAUCACCGUCUUGGACAAGACCGACACGGGCGAGUGGCAGGCGUCCGUGGUCCACUCCAUAUCAGGAGGCGUGUUCGAGAACCCACCCAAAGACUGGGAGGUCAAGCUGUGGUGCAUGGACUAUGACGGCGAGAACAUCGAACGCAUCUGGUCGAGUCCGGUGACGUGGUCCAAGUUCGACGGCGAACGCAGCGAUUCCAAGACCGGCCGCGAGACCAAGUUCUUCGACCCUACCCUCGACGAGUCAUACCUUGACGACGACGUGGUAGUCAAGCUGGUUGAGACUGGCAAGAAGUUCUGCUCCAUGGUUCAGAAACAAUGCUUCCACCACAAAGGCAAAGCAGCUUGCUUCCCCUUCAACGAGAUUGAAGGAUUGGCGAUGGUCGAUCUCGAUAGCUACUACAUCAUGUGUCCAGAUGGUAUCCCGCCGACUGUCGGGACCGACGAUUUGCGAAACUGGUCGACAGAAUGUACUUGCGAGAUUUGCCAGACUCGAAAACAGCGCCUCGACCGGAAGAUUGCCCCUUUGUUCAGCACAUUCGGCCAUAAGGAUAUAGAGACUGGGUUGACCGACCACGAAUCCCUCCUAUUGCCCUCAACCGUUGUGACUUACGUGUUCAGGACGCGGACAUGGGGUAUUUGGACCAUCAACUUGCUGGAGGAGGCCUUUAACGCUGACAUUUCUUCUCAAGAAUACGUCCACGUCAAGAAUCUCCACCCGCCCCAGUUCGACGAUGACAUGAUCAGCCACCUGGUGAUGAGCGAGCAGCGCCUCAAGACGCUCAAAGCGUUGUCCAAGAGCUAUGCCAGGGUCAACAAGCACGGAGAGGGAAUGGAGAACUUGAAAUGGAGCGCAGACUUCGUCCGGGGGAAAGGAAAUGGCUUGAUUUUUCUUUUACACGGCAAGCCAGGGGUUGGAAAAACCUGCACAGCUGAGUGCAUCGCCGAGUUCACCCGUCGUCCUCUGAUGAUAUUGACAAGCAGCGACAUCGGGACGGACCCUAAGCAGGUCGAGCACAAUCUUACCUCUAACUUCAAAAGGGCGAUGAGCUGGGGCGCUGUGCUACUGAUCGAUGAAGCAGAUGUCUUCAUGGAGAGGCGGACCACCUCAGAUCUCACGCGCAACAGUUUAGUUGCUGGGUUUCUGCGUGCUCUCGAGUUCUACGACGGGAUUCUGUUCCUUACAACAAACCGGGUUGGGUCGUUCGACGACGCCUUCAUCUCCCGCAUCCACGUGCAGCUCUAUUACCCCGACUUCACGGACGAUGAGCGGCAACGCGUGUGGCAAAACUUCAUCGAUAAGCUCAGCCGCGAGAGGGGAGACACCAUGCGCAUGACCAUUGAUGCCAAGGAGUACAUUGCUUCGACCAGAAAGCAAGGGAUCAACUGGAAUGGCAGAGAGAUCCGGAACGCGUUCCAAACAGCCGUGGCACUCGCCGAAUAUGACGCGGAGAAGGACAGCGAAGGGAAGAUCAUGGUGACGGACAACCACCUCCGGGCCGUGGUCGAGCUGUCGAAAGAUUUCAAGGGAUACCUGACCGACCUCCAUCGGCGAGAUGAAGAGAGAAGGGCCGAGGAUAGAUACGAGAGGUUGGCCACUUAUCAAGGAGAUAAGCCGUGA